AAAUGAGUCUCAGUGGGGAUACACGUGCCGCACGUUUGUACAUAAUUAUUAUGAUUGUAAGUUGCAAUACAACGCGUCUAUCCUGAUCACUCUGUUCACGUUCUCUUUCACCUCUUUUUUCCUUCUCCCACUAUCCUCCAUCAAUUCUCCCUUAACAAAAGUCAGAAUCUACCAUCGGUUGUUCAUGCGCGGUUGAAUCAGUCACUACGUUACACGUUUCUCGACACUGGAGUAAAGUAUCAGUCUAGUCUAUAAGUUCAAGUUCGGUUAACUGUAGAUAAACCAUUAACUCAUUUUAUAUCGACUAAACGAAUACACGUGUAAAAGUAUUCUGUUAAAUACCAUUUAUUUUAUCAUAUUCAAUCAUCGUGACUUUCAUUUUUAAUCGAUAACUGUUAUCAACAAUAAGUGGUUUUACAAAUAUAUUUUUCAAAAAUAAAAAUUGCGAAAAAAAAAUUUUCUUUGUGAAGAAAAUGGCACCUACUAUUUGUUUAACGGAUUACAAUGGCACAACCGUAGCUGACACGUCUUGUUCACGAUCCAAACUCAAGCCCAACAGGGUCAAUAUUACUCGACGCAGAAAAAUGGAAGUUAAUCAACUACCUUGUAUUGCUACCAGUAUUUAUUCACCUCCAAAUCGAUGUUCAUCCCAUUCUCUAGCUGAUAAUCCAAUUCAUUCACAUAUUUCUGAAGCAACGCUGCCAAAUGAUCAAAAACGGAAAAUGGUUUAUAAAGACUUGCAAAAACUGUGUGACCUUGUGGCCCGAACAAAAAGCCUUGUAUUGAGAAACUAUAUUCUUGAAAUAAUGUUAAGUAGUAUGCAACGUAGUGUUCGAAAUUUACCUCAAUCAAGUUUUAAUAAUAGCCCUAAAAAUAAAAAUAAGAACGUUCAGCAUUUGAAAGAAUUAACAACUCAAAAGUUUGAUAUAAUCACAACUUCCAUUGAUCAUGUGGGAGGCAUAAAAGAAAAAGUACCUUGCUUUGAUAGCAAUAGAACUGAGUCGUCGACAAAUUAAAUCAUUUCCAUUUAUAUUCAUUUUCAAACAUAUAACUAUUUACUGACAUUUAGACGUAAUACUUUAAUCAAUUCUAUUCAAUUUCAAGAUCUCAAAACUCAAACUCAACAUUGACUUUUAUGUAGUCAAAAUAAGUUAGAUUUUAUAUUUAUGUUUGACACUGCAUUAACUGUUAUAUUUACAGAAAUGUUAAUCAUUUUAAUAAUCUAAUCAUUGUUCUAGUGUAUUUGAUUUUUAUGUUGACAAAAAAAAAAAUAGAGACUAAUUCAUUUCAACAUUAUAAUAAGUUUAGUCUAGAGUAGUAUUCUAUAUCUAAUAAUUUUAAGAUAAUAUUAUUAAUGACAUUGCAUAAAUAAAUAUCGCUAUUUUCUUAAUAACUUAAUAUAACUUAUACUCAGGAAUACAUUAUAUUUAUAAAUAGGUUUUUAAUAUUUUAUAUGCAGCAUAGAAAUUUUUUAAUUAUAAGUACUAUAUGUGUAGCAUUUUAAAACAUACCUAUCAUUGAAAUACGUUCAAAUGUGAGCUUUAUAAAAUACAUUACUGAAUGUGAAUCAUUGUUAUAAGUAUUAAAUUAUUGCAAAAGGCACUACUGAUUAUAAUACAGUGUUAAAUAAGAAAAAAAUUCUUAUCAUGAAUUCACAAGAUAAAUAAUAAUUGGAAACAUUUAAUGAAAUUUUUGCAUAACAACUUUUGCAAUAAUUCAAUAAAGACAUUAUCAUAUGUUCAAGUACAAAAGUCAUUAAUAGACUAAGAGAUUUAUUUCUCAUAAAUAUAUAGCCCGUAAGUUAUCAGGUAAAUACGUAAUAGGUAUACAAUUUUUAGUGAAUCGAUAACUACAGCGAAUCUCGCCGAAUUUAAAUAACAGAUUGAUUAAGAUGUUUUUCUAGUUUAUUCACAAAUAUAGUACAAUUUUCAUUCGUUAAUCGUUUUUAACUGAAGACUUGAGCAUUUCAAUAGGAAAUAAUUUACUUCAGUCACCAGUGUUAAUUAUUUAAUAAAACGUAACUAAUCAUAAAUAUGUGUUUAAAUUUGAAAACAACUAUUGUUGUCGUUAUCGUAUUUGAAAGCAAUUUCAAGUAGUUAUAAUACGAAAAUAUAUUUCUUAAUAAUAGUUAUAAUUUAAUAAUAAUAGUCAUAGAAAUUCAAGUAUUAGUAAAUUGACUUUGAAAGCAUGUGCCUAGUAUUUUUUUCGAAAUAUCAGCAAUAAAAAUAAUUGCAUGCUUAAAAAUAAAACUUUAAAAUAUUUAUUAAUUCAAUGAAAACACAUAUGAUCAUUAGUAAAUAUUAGAUUAAAAAAAAAAAUUAUAUUUCUAAACUAUAUGUA